GGGGGGGGGCACCCUUGUCUUCUCCCAAUCCCACCCAAUCUCUCCCUGAUCUUCAAGAGGAAACAAGAUUUCAAGUAGUGUACCUCAAUCUGACUUCAAUGUUACUCGGAAUGACUAAUAUCUCUAAAAGAGAUACAUCAUGCCGUUGCAGAUAGUUCAUCGCUCACAUGAUGUGUGGGGAGGCGAGGAAGGACUUGAAGAAGCAAGAGAAGAAAAAGCUGAGAAAAGAGAAGCACAAAAGCAAAGAAAAUUUGACAAGAAAGUUAAAGAGCUUCGCCGUGCUGUUAGAACAAGUACUUGGAAGAAAGAUACUAGUCGGCAUCAGCAUGAAUUUGCUGAAAGUGAGGUUUAUAAUGAGGAAACUGAUGAAUGGACAAAGACAUGCAAGACAUGUGGCCAUCAACUGACAUAUGAAAAAAUGUAACACAAAAUAACUACAUUUAUUUUGAAACUUGUACAUACAUGUAUAAUGUUCUACAGCUGUAUUACAUAGUAACUGUAACAAUUUAUUUACAUGACAGAGACCCUAGCAACUGACAAGAUGCCCUUAAUACCCAUUAAACAUUGUACAGUAACUUCCAUUUCUCUCAAGUCUUCUCAGUGCAUAUUUUAAAUUAAAAUGAAUGAGACUAGACCAUUUCCUCUUUUUAGUUCAGAGUUCAUACAGCCAUUUUUUCCUCUCAUCCUUUUUUCUGCUUCUUACUCAGUGGACUGUGUAAAAAUAGGAACUGCUCUAAUUCAGGAACAAAGCUGCCUAAGUUAUGUCAUCUUCUCAAGGUGAUCCUUUACUAAACUGACGAUACUUGUGACUUCAGCCAUGGCUCCAACACCUUAAAAUAUGGAAAAUAGAUUUGAAUAAAAUUUGAAAUAAAAAUAAUUUUUAUUUUGAAGCUUUUCUGUAGUGUGUAAUGCUUUUCUAAUAUUCUGAGACAGAACAAGUCCACAUGUUAAACACUGUAAGUUAAUAUGUCUUUGAGAAGUUUCACUAAAUUUCUGAUCUGACGGCCAAAACUGCAAAGUAGGCAGCUAACAAAAGUGCAUCUUUUAAUACAAUGGUAUUAAUUUCAGAGAAAGUAAAUUUGCUUCACACUAUUAGGCACUGGGUCUUGUAAUCGUC